AUGGUCAAGAAGCGGGCGAACAACGGUCGCAACAAGAAUGGCCGCGGCCACGUCAAGCCCGUGCGCUGCUCCAACUGCGCUCGCUGCGUUCCCAAGGACAAGGCUAUCAAGCGUUUCACCAUCCGCAACAUGGUUGAGUCCGCUGCCAUCCGUGAUAUCUCCGAUGCCUCCGUCUUCGCCGAGUACUCCGUCCCCAAGAUGUACCUGAAGCUCCAGUACUGCGUCUCCUGCGCUAUCCACGGCAAGAUCGUUCGUGUUCGUUCCCGCGAAGGCCGCCGCAACCGUGCUCCUCCUCCCCGUAUUCGCUACAACAAGGACGGAAAGAAGCUUACCCCCCCUCAGGCCGGUAAGGCCAACUAA